UAUGCUUUGUGAAACAAACAAUGCUGGAUUGUUUGGGUCAUUGGAAAAUUUCCUUGGUGGAUGAACUGCAUUCACUGAAGCAUAGAGGCAAAGAGGUCCUAACUCAGGGGAUGAUGAACCUAAAUUAGACAGGAUAUUUAGCAAGAAAAGAAUAAGAAUGAGUUAGUCAAAAUGAAUAGUAGGGUGAUAAACCACACUCCAUGGAGCAUAUCUUUUCUAGAUAUGGUAGAAGUUAAAAUCGCCUUUCCUGUUUUAUCUCUUUGUAGAUUCCUGGGAUGAAGUUGGAAAAUGAGACAUGGAUAGUGAAAGAAUUUGUGCUUGUUGGGUUUUCCAAUCUUCCAGAUCUGAAGGCUACCCUCUUCACUCUCUUCCUGCUCAUGUACUUGAUCACACUCAGUGGCAACAUCACUAUCAUUACCAUUAUCUACCUGGAUCACACUCUCCACACUCCCAUGUACUGUUUCUUAGGGGUCCUUUCCCUCUCAGAGACUUGCUACACGCUGGUCACCAUUCCCAACAUGCUGGUGCACCUGUUGAUGGAGAACCAUGUCAUCUCCAUUCCCAGUUGUCGGACUCAAAUGUUCUUUUUUCUUGGCCUGGGUUGCAGUCAUUGUUUCCUCCUCACAUUGAUGGGCUAUGACCGGUAUGUGGCCAUCUGCCACCCACUCCGUUACGCAGUGAUCAUGAGUCCGUCUGUUUGUCUCUAUCUGGGAAGCCUGGUCUUCUGCUCAGGAUUUCUGGUGGCUGUCAUUGAGACUUGCCUCAUAUUUUCCUCCUCUUUCUGCCACAAUAACCAAGUGGAACACUUCUUCUGUGACAUUGCACCAGUUCUCAAACUUAGCUGUACUCCCAGUGCAGCCAAGGCCCUGACUAUCUUCUUCUUUAGUGUGAUUGUGGUGCUGGCCUCCUUCCUCCUCAUUCUGCUCUCAUAUGCCUUCAUUGUGGCUGCCAUUGUGAGGAUCCCUUCUGCUGCUGGACGGCGCAAAGCCUUCUCCACUUGUGUGUCUCAUCUCACAGUGGUCAUUGUGCAUUUUGGAUGUGCCUCAAUAAUCUAUCUGAGACCAAAGUCAGGGAGCAACCCAGAUCAGGACCGAAUGGUGGCUGUCUUCUACACAGUGGUUACCCCAUUGCUCAACCCUGUGGUGUACACCCUACGUAACAAGGAGGUCAGAAUAGCACUAAAGAGGACCUUGGGUCGCAAACUGAGAACCCAGAAUGACUAA